UCCGUCAUCUCCCGUUCUUCAACCCACUCCUGACUGUUCCUCCCAUCGUUCUCAGUCGUUCUCACUCCGUUCCUGAAGCCAUUCCCAGAUCCCCGGAACCGUCCGCCUCGUACUGAGUCGUUCCUGUACGAGCCGCUGGGCCCGUGUGAGACGCCGAGCCCGCACGAGCCGCUGAGCCCGUGCGAGACGCCACCCCCGCGCGAGCCGUGGCCGUGGGUAUAAAAGGCUGCCGGGAGGCCGUCCUCUGAGCAGUUGUCAGCCUCCGUCCGUGACCGAGCCGCGAUACCUCAGCCAUGCUGCGUCUGACCGUGCUGUGUGUGCUGGUGGCGUGCGCCAGCGCCCAGGCCAGGAAAUCCCGGCCCUCGUUCACACUAAACCAGCCGCCUGCGGGACAGUGUUCCAAGCAGUGCCCGGAGCGGACAGAGUGUGAAAUCCAGCAGUGUGAGGUGUGCGUACCAAAGAUUCCGACGUGCAAGGAGCACAAGUGUGAGGAGAACGAGCGGUGUGAGGACAGGCCGACCGGUCCCGUCUGCAUCAGACUGAGCUGCGCGGAUAUCAAGUGUGCGGCAGGAGAGCUGUGUAACGACCUGCCCGACGGGCCCGACUGUGUCCCCGACGUGCCGUCAUGCGAGGGCUUCUUCUGCCGUCGCGGCACCAACUGCUACAUUCGUAACGGCUCGCCCAUCUGUCUGCCCAACACGUGCGCAGUGCGGGAGUGUAAGCACGGCCUGACCUGUAUCGACACCAAGAGCGGUGCGCUCUGCAGGACUGGACAAAAGAGGCCCGGCUGCGAGGGCAAGUAUUGUCCUCCCAACUCCAAGUGUGUGGAGACCGAGGACCGGGGACCCGUCUGCGACCACAUCUGAGCACCUCUGACACCGACUGUGGACUGCUGACCGGCCCGGGACGGGUCUGUGGGCGGACCGACCCGUCAGCCACGGCAGAGCGGUGUGGAGGGACGUGCCUCCGUGUAGGAGGCUGUGUUUUAUUGUAACGCCCCGACGUUGCGGGCUGACGAGUGUUCCACCGGAAUGAUAAAACGAUGACUGUCAAUAUACGAAUACAAUCACUUGGCGUUGAUUUACGUCUCAGGCAGAGAGGUUUUUGGAGGCUUUUAGAGUCUAGACACACGACGCGCUAUUCUGUGUGUGAUCUGAUUGACAAUAUAUGAGAAAGGGUCAUUCAUU